AUGCUAACCCUAAGCCUAAGUUUAAGCUUAAGCCCAAGCCCAAGCCCAAAACAAAGCCUAAGCCUAAAACUAAGCCUAAAUCUAAGCCUAAGCCUAAGCCUAAGUCUAAGUCUAAGCCUAAGCCUAAGCCUAAGCCUAAGCCUAAGCUUAAGCCUAAGCCUAAAUUUUAAGCCUAAGCCUAAUGCUAACCCUAAGCCUAAGUUUAAGCUUAAGCCUAAGCCCAAGCCCAAAACAAAGCCUAAGCCUAAGCCUAAAACUAAGCCUAAAUCUAAGCCUAAGCCUAAGCCUAAGUCUAACCCUAUGCCUAAGCCUAAGCCUAAGCUUAAGCCUAAGCCUAAGUCUAAGCCUAAGCCUAAGCCUAAGCCUAAGCCUAAGCCUAAGCCUAAGCCUAAGCUUAAGCCUAAGCCUAAGCCUAUGCCUAAGCUUAAGCCUAAGCAUAAGCCAAAGCCUAAGUCUAAGCUUAAGCCUAAGCCUAAGCCUAAGCCUAUGCCUAAGCUUAAGCCUAUGCCGAAUCCUAAACCCAAGCCCAACCUCAAGCCUAGGCUUAGACUUAAGACUAAGCCUUACGUCUAA